AUUCCUUUUUUAAAUAGUUUUUAUUAGUUCUCGGUUCACAGAUCACCCAUCCUCUGGUGCACAAAGCCAAGGCGGUUUCCUAAAAAAUGCGCCAAGAACAGAUACUCAACACGCGGGAGAAAUUCGUGCGAAUUUUGAAGAUGGUGCGCGGCAUUCUUGGGUUGGAGGCGCUGGACUUCCCAUGGAGGGAACACAAUUUCAGGCUGAAGGGGGUAGUUUCCUUGAUCAUGGGUUUCCUCCACGUGGUGGAGUCAAGGGUAUGGAACCACCAAGAAUUGUCUUACAUCAGGAUUGUGGUGGAUUUGAUCCUGAAGAGAUCCCAGAUGUAAUAAUUAUAUAUAGUUGUUUGUGUAAACAAAGUGAAAAUUGGAUGAAAUAUUUCAGCAAAAUUAUUCUUUUGAACAGUGCGACGAGAGUUCGAGGCCAACCCGUAGAAGAGAUUAGUGAAGGACUUGGUCAGCGGGUUGGGUCCAGGAUAUGUGAGGAGAGGAUUUAUCAUGCAACUCUUCAAAUUCUGAUAGUAAGCCCACAAUUCUUGGACUGGGUUGAGAGGUGGAAUUUAAACAUUGGAAGACUGAUUCAACCUUCUAAAGUUCUGGGUUUAAUGCUUGGUGUUCUUGAUACAGAUCUCACCCCUCUUCAUCUUAAUCAGCUCAGGUAUUCUGAUUGGAAAGUAUUUGACCUGAAGAACGAGGCAGAGAACGAAGAAGUAACAAAACAGAUUUCAACACAUGCUAAUCUUCUGCUUCAGACCUGCAAAAAGACCGUACCUUCCGAGACAACAUUCCGGAUUUUCCCGCGUAAAGUUAAUCCUGGUCAGAACAAGAUCCUUCUUAUUCUUGACACUGCUCAACCUUCCCCGGAUGAGUUCAAGGUCGUCUUCGUCGUGGGGAAUAAAGUGUUUCACGUAGAGGAGUAUAAAUUACUCAAAGACGACAUCUUUCAGAUAGAGGUAACAGAUGUACUUCUCUCCAUAUCCACAAUAGCUACGCUUCAACUAUUUAUAAACAGGGACUGUCUGGGGGAAGGGAAACUAAAGAUUGAGAACGGGUUUACUGUUCUUGAAGCAGCCUGGAACCAACAGACAAAUCCGUUGAAAAUUUUCUCUGAAACUUUCGGAGAAAAUUUCUCCUCGAUGCAUGAUCUGGAUUUGUUCCUCACUUCUCAUCUUAAUCAGACAAAUCAUACUCAAGACUUCGAUAAAACUCUAGGAUUGAACGGGGAAACUCUUCUUCAUUGGGCUGCCCAUCUUGGAUUUAAGAAUGUUGCUUUAUCUCUCAUACAUCUAGGUUGGGGUAAGCAGAUCCUGGUUCCGAAUUUGGAUGGGAUGACACCUAUAGAGAUUGCGGAACGUGCUGGUUUCUCCGACCUAGCAUCUAUACUCAGGGCUGGAGCAGAGAUGGGUCAUGAUUACCAGUAUCCUCUAGUUCUAUCUGGGACAACAGGAGAUACAUCCACAGGUAUUGAUGGUUAUCUUAUUCCAAACCUGUCAAAUCCUCAAGAAUUCAACAAUAACAACAACACAACGAAAACAGGUUUUGACAACCGUACUGCAGUUCACAAUAACAACACGGAGUUUAAAUCUUUCACCUCGGCUCAGGUUUGUCCCGGGUUUGAAGAGGAACAGCAAAUACCGGAGAUUUAUCAAAACUCGAGAGUACGACAAGUGUCCUCAGAUUAUGAUGUUCCUGUCAGAGCCUUUGAAAAUCCACUUUAUCUAGCUGGGAUAGACGAGAUGACACGCUACCAGGUGCCUCCAUCUCCGAGGCCUAUAGGUAUCGCAUCACCUCCGAUAUCUGUUCCAGCAAGUAAUACUGACUUAUCUGAUCAGAAGAAUUUAUCCCAAACAUUUACUAAAGUAGAAGAAGAACUUAAAACGAUCAACAGCUCCGAGAAUCUUGAAGAACAGCCUGUAAAUACCAAAGAUGUCGCUACUUCCUGUCCAAGCAAUGAAAACCAUCAUUUGUUCCAAGCUAUUGAGACCCCGGUCAGAAAGGUAUCUGUUCCGUAUAUUACGAUGCGCCCAUCAACCAGAAAACCAAAUACAGUUUCCGAGAGCCUGCUUCCGAAACCCUUGAAUCCAUUUCCGAUUCAAAAAUCCGGAAGUUUUGGAGGAUUUAGUGGUUGGAACUCCGUAGACAAGGGGAAGGAUGUAGAGAAGAAGCAUCUGAAGUAUCCAGUAGAUUUUCCACAACAUGAAUCCCGGCAGGAGCUUCUCAGCAAACAUUUCUCUUCGCUUCCCAGGGACAUUUUACCUAGACCUCAGACUGCUCCUCUUCCUCACAUUGCAUUGAACUCCGAGGACUACAGUGCCCUCCCCUCAUCAUCUCAAUCCAUAUCAUUGGAUCCAACAUGUUCUACUCCAUCCAUAUCAUUGGAUACUCCAGAUGAUACAGGAGCUCCAUGGGACAUGAUUAGGGAACGAAAUGAGUCAGCUUGCUCCUUAGAUUCUAUUGAAUUUGAGGUGCCUCAACGUCCAUCUUCUGCCUUUAGAGUUUUAUCAGAAAAAACUGAUGAAAACCAACCCUUUUCUCCAGUCAUGGAUCAGUUCAAUAAAAGUUUAAGUUCUGCAGAUAUACGGCCCAUCUUGGAGGCUACAGUUCAUCCUGAUGGAAUGGUUUCUCUCCCAAAUAUUGAAUCUCAGGUUAGUAUGUGUUAAACCAUCUCAGUUUGG